CUUAGUAUUUCCAACUUGGAUGAUAUGUUGGAGAAUUCCACGUAUUUUACUAGUUAUGAAUAUACAUGGUAAUGUUGAAAAAGGGAAAUGGUAAGGAAACCGUUGAGAGGAAGGGGGGAAAAAGAAAAGGACUUAAACAAGAGACAACUUUGAUGGGCCAAUUGAAGAGAUAAAUCCCUGAGAAAUGGGUGGUACUAGAUUCCCCUACUAUUCACUAGUCAUCAGAAGUGAAGAUAAAUCCCUGAGAAAUGGGUGGUACUAGAUUCCCCUACUAUCCAGUAGUCAUCAGAAGUCAGAAGUGAGAAGGUUGAGCACUUGCUUGCUUCAGCUUGACUCCAACAGUGAAAAAUAUGCAUCAAGCAGAAGCCAGCACAAGCAACAGUAAUGUUCAUCACCAAUCGCCCAGUCCUGACAGAAUCGACAAGGAGGAGUUGUGGAGAUGCUUGCCUUUAUACCGUGCAUUACUUAGAGGCGACCAACAUGGUUCUGAACAAAUUGCUGAAUCUCUCGUUGAAGCCAUGUCCAAGAAGAUAACAGGAGCAGGGGAUACCGGCCUUCACGUACUUGUUGGUGCUGGAAAGUGGUUUGAUGGUCUGAUGCGUGAUCCAACAAUGAUUAGCCCACUGUUGACUUUGCGUAACAGAGAUGGUCAUACACCUCUUUGUGUGGCUGCAUCGGUUGGGAACAUGCAGGCAGCCAGGAAAUUAUUACAACUUGAAAUGGGACUCCCACCGAAUUUGCGAGCUCUUAAUGAAGGUGUUGGGCCAUAUCCAAUCAUAGAGGCUGCUAGGUAUGGUCAUAAGGAGAUGGUUUUACUUUUGAUUGACGAUAUGGAAAGGGACUUGAGUGGCUCCCCGCCAACUAAAAAAUCAGCUGCUUCACUUUUUCUCCAUCUGCUAGUAGAGGCUGGAUUCUACGAUUUGCUGCUAGAUUUGGUUCGACGUAAUCCUGGUUUGGCCCGGGCAGAGUUUUGUGGUGACAAUAAUGAAUCCCUUUUGAGCUUGAUGGCUGGGAAACCUUCUGCAUUUUGGAGUGGGACUCAACGGAGUUUUCGGCAGCAGUUAGAUCAUUCUGCAAGAUCAAGCAGACAAAUUGGGGAAACAGAAUUGAUGCAUGAAGCGGCUCUUAAUGUUGUGAAAUGUCUUUGUGAGGAACUUAUGAAACGUGAUUUCGCUGAGGAUAUGGAGCCAGUACUUAGAACGGCACUUCUUUCAGCAGCAAGUUCAGGAACUUCUGAAAUCAUAGAAGAAAUUAUUGAACGCUACCCAGCCGCAAUUUGGUUUGUUGAUUCUGAGAAUCAUAACUUAUUUCACCUUGCAGUAACAAAUCGCUAUGAGAAGGUGUUUAACCUUAUAUAUCAGUUAAGUGCAUAUAAAUAUUUGGUAACAGCAAAUGAAGACAUUUCAGGAGACAAUAUAUUACAUAUGGCUGGAAAGGUAGCACCUCUUGGCCGCCUUAAUCUUUUCUCUGGUGCAGCUCUGCAAAUGCAGCGUGAAUUGCAAUGGUUUCAGGAAGUGGAAAAGUUUGUUCAGCCAACUUUCAGAACAAAGAAAAACUCGUACGGAAAAACUCCAAAAAUGAUGUUCACUGAGGAACACAAAGAAUUGGUCAAGAAUGGAGAGAAAUGGAUGAAAGGAACUGCAAAUUCCUGCAUAUUUGUUGCAGCCCUAACAGCAACAGUAGGAUUUGCGGCAGCCAUCACUGUGCCAGGUGGAAACAAUCAAAACAGUGGUUUUCCACUCUUCUCCAACGAAGGGGCCUUCAGGGUUUUUGCUAAUUCGGUUUUAUUAAGUCUAUACUCUUCUGUUACCUCUCUGCUAAUAUUUUUGUCUAUCCUCACCUCGAGAUAUGCAGAAGAGGAUUUUCUUAAACGACUUCCAGAGAGAUUAAUUAUAGGCCUCCUUAUGCUAUUCUUUUCACUGUCAUUUCUGAUGAUAGCAUUUGGUGCUACGUUUUACCUCGUUUUUUGUCAGAAAAGGGGACUGACACUCAUUUCACUCGGCAUAGUAGUCCUCAUUCCAGCAAUCCUCUUUGUGUCCUUGCAAUUUUCCCUCUUGUUGGAUAUGAUUAUGUCCACAUAUGGUCCAAGCAUUUUCCGUAAGCAGAGCUCGCGUGUACUUUACUAGCAAGCAAAGAGGGAAAAUAGUACAGGCUUGUUCUUCUUGUAUUUGUGUUUGAAUAAAGGGCAAGUGAAAACUUGACCACUAGCUCAUUUUUAUUUGUGUUGGAAGACAAUUUGUGUUUGAAAAAAGGGAAAGUGAAAACUUGACCACUAGAUCAUAUUUAUUUGUGUUGGAAGACAACUUGUGUUUG